AUGCACAGCAACAAGAUGCCUACCUACGCCCUCCUAGGAGCCACCGGAUCCACCGGUUCGAGUGUCCUCCGUCGUCUCCUCCAGACGGCGAGUGAGACUGACUCUUUCAGCGUCAACAUCCUGGUCCGCUCUCGCCCCAAGCUGCUGGGGAUGUUUCCGGGCCUGGACCAGCGUCGAUCGCCGACAGUCCGCAUAUUCCAGGGCGAAUCCACCAAUCCAGAGCUGCUCGACGCCGUUCUCCAUAACGCUAGUAUCCUUUUCAUGUGCGUGGGCCAGAACGGCAGUCCAAUGGGCAUGACCCUGGUGCAGGACAGCGCAGUCGCCGUCGUGGACGCCCUCCGACGCCAACGCCGACACCAGGGGUCAGCAUGCACGGUCAUCCAGCUUCGCUCUGCGUCGUUGAACCCCGCGCUGUCCGUGCAGGUGCCGAGACUCGUGCAUCGACUGGUCUCGUUUUGUCUGUUCGCUGGCUAUAGCGACCUCAGACGCGCAUGCGAGGUUUGGCAUGAUGCGUCGCUGGCCGGGUUGCUGCAGUAUGUGCUUGUCGACCCCCCGACGCUGCACGACGCCGACGGCAGAAGGGCCACCGGUCAUGAAUUAAUUAUUGCCGAGUCACAGACGAUCUGUCUGAGUUAUGCCGACCUUGGUGUUGCGCUUUGUGAGAUUGCCGACCGUGCGUUGGAGUUCCAGGGCAAGGCUGUGGGAGUCACUGCGACCGGCCCAGUUAGGCACACUUGGGGCGUGCUACUGGGGUAUUUGGCACAAGGAGGAAUGGCCCAUUUGCAGUAUAGGCACGGGAAAGAGAAGUUGAUCGUGGUUGGAAUAGGCCUUGUUUUGAUCUUGGGGUGCUUGUAUGUAACUAUUCCCUAG